CAUGUUAACACCCACAAUCUAUCAAUUAACCAAUCACAACCGUGCAGGUGAAACCAACCUGCAGGAAAACUUGGUGUUUAGUCACUGCUGCUGCUGGUCAGUGGAGGAAAGACGCCAGUUUUACAUUCAGCAUCAACGCGCGUUAGAAAGUCCGCGGUGUUUUGGUCCGCUCGUGGGAGGAAAUCCACCGGUGUCCGGAUCAGCCCCGUGUAUGUGGAUGUGUAUUUCCCUGUCAGAGUUUCCCUAGGAGUUACAGCGUUGCAAGAGUUAAAACCGACUCUGCAGUCCCGAGUGACGGGGCAUCCGGAGAAACAUGGAGGACACCGCUGGCAGUAAUCCCCAAUCUCUCGGAUUUACAGAGAAAUUAAAGUCCUGGCUGUCUUGGUCAUGGACCUAUGUGUGCUUCAUUUGGUUCGGCAUGGUGCUGAUCAUGGUUUACGUCCUGUGGAGCCCGCUGAAACUGCAGGAAACUCUUACCUCAGCCUCAGUGUUUUUAAAUACACUGACCCCCAAAUUCUAUGUGGCUCUCACUGGAACCUCUUCUCUCAUCUCUGGACUCAUCCUUAUAUUUGAGUGGUGGUAUUUUCGUAAAUAUGGGACCUCAUUCAUUGAACAAGUGUCAGUGAGCCACCUGCGUCCUCUUCUGGGUGGAGUAGAGAGCAGCUCCACUGGUCUGUUUGCAUCAGUGAAUGGAGAGGCGGAGCCCAGGCCCAGUGUUUCAGAGUGUAAGGUGUGGAGGAAUCCUUUGAAUCUGUUCAGAGGAGCAGAAUACAACAGGUACACCUGGGUAACAGGGAAGGAACCAUUAACAUACUAUGAUAUGAACCUUUCUGCCCAAGACCAUCAGACCUUCUUCACGGGAGACACUCCACAGUUAAGACCAGAAGAUGCAGUGAUGCAGAAAGCCUGGAGAGAGAGAAAUCCUCAAGCCAGGAUCAGGGCAGCUUACCAGGCCAUAGAAAUGAACCAUGAAUGUGCUGCAGCCUAUGUGCUCCUAGCAGAGGAAGAAGCCACAACCAUUACAGAAGCUGAACGCCUUUUCAAAAAAGCACUAAGUAUUGCUGGAAAAGAUAUCAACUUGCUGGUGUACAUCAAACGCAGACUGGCAAUGUGUGCACGCAAGCUGGGACGGAUUAAAGAAGCAGUGAAAAUGAUGAGAGAUUUAAUGAAGGAGUUCCCACUAUUGGGAAUGUUAAAUAUACACGAAAACCUCUUGGAGGCACUUCUAGAGCUUCAGGCAUACGCUGAUGUCCAAGCAGUCCUUGCCAAAUAUGAUGACAUCAGCUUGCCAAAAUCAGCCACUAUAUGCUACACAUCUGCACUGUUGAAAGCACGGGCAGUUUCAGAUAAGUUCUCUCCAGAGGCCGCGUCACGGCGAGGGCUAAGCACAGCAGAGAUGAAUGCUGUGGAGGCCAUACACAGAGCUGUUGAGUUCAAUCCACACGUGCCAAAGUACUUAUUAGAGAUGAAGAGCCUGAUCCUCCCUCCAGAGCACAUCUUGAAGAGGGGUGACAGCGAGGCAGUGGCAUAUGCUUUCUUCCACCUGCAGCACUGGAAGAGGGCAGAGGGAGCCUUAAACCUACUACACUGCACCUGGGAGGGCACCUUCCGGAUAAUUCCCUACCCUUUGGAGAAGGGUCACCUGUUUUACCCCUACCCAGGAUGCACAGAAACAGCAGACAGGGAACUGCUGCCCUCGUUCCACGAGGUGUCUGUGUACCCAAAGAAAGAGCUUCCUUUCUUCAUCCUCUUCACAGCAGGCCUUUGCUCCUUCACUGCCAUGCUGGCCAUGCUCACACAUCAGUUCCCUGAGCUCAUGGGUGUCUUUGCCAAAGCAUUCUUCAGCACACUCUUUGCACCCCUGGGUUUCUUUGCAGACAAGAUGGAAAGCUUCAUGCCGUCCAGUUUUUGGCACCAGCUGACUCGGAUCUGACCCCAACACACACACACAUACACACACACACACACACACACACACACACACACACACCAAUACCACUCCAAACCCUCAGACAAAAAGUGUUUGCUCUCCUGUCUUCAGCAUUACUGUCCACUUGCUGCAUUGUUACUGAUUAUGUUGGCUGAGGUUGUAUCAACACGGCAAUACCACUCUUAAGAUGCUCUCCCACACUGUUCCAGCAGCCACAGUUUUUCCAAGAGCACAUUUAGUGCAACGAUUUCACAGAGUCGUUCAUUUUUCAUUGUGUUAGCGCUGGGCAAACCGACGUUUUUAAGUCUUCCUGCAAAUCCUACAGAUUUUUAAUGCAAAAAAUCAAACUAUGAAUUUCUCAGAGGCAAAUUAAAACACAAAAAAUGUAAACUGUUUUUAAUGCUCCAUUUACUACUGUCUAGAGAGAUGUUUUAACUAUUUAUUGCCAACAGGAAACAGAAACAACAAGAAAUAAUAUUUUACAGUAUAUUUAAAAACAUGAUCCUUUUCCUCUCUCUUCCAUGCUCAGUUAUAUAUGUGCAUCAAAAGAUCCCAUCGGGUAUUUGGGAUGAGAACCAACGUGUCCUGUGUCAACCCUCAGUGCCCUGCAGACAUCCACUGGGGCAGAUUUAAACGUCCAUAAGACCUCCUAAAAACAGAGCUGUGAUUUACAGCCUUGAAGUGCCUGCAGUGUAUACAACGCCUCUGCAGUUCAACAGUUGUUACCAUGGCAUGACACCUCAGCACUAUAUCACUGGGGCAACCACCACCCCCGCAACAUCGAAAUGUAAAUGGGAUCAUCACUGGUCACAGUUAGGCCUCUCAUGGCAUCACUCAUAUCCGCUGAUUGCUCUACAGAAUGUGAUAAGUCAGUGUGUUAGUCAACUGGAACAAAAAUGGAAAAGGCAGAUGUUGCAGUAGUCAUACUGAGAAUCAUCUGGCACAGGAAACGUAACUGCAGCUGUAAUACAUGAGAUAACACCGACUUAAAUACACUGACGAGCCCUCAGAGAAGCAUUUGGAGUUAGAGGGCAAAAUUAACAGACACGCAGAUAUAUUGUACAAAGUAAGAUUUUUUUUUUACUUUGUAUGUACAAAAUCACUCUUUAUACCUUUGACUGUGUCUAUUAAUUUUGCCAGAUGUGGGACAUGUUGAUUCUUCUGUAACUGUUUUGACUGAGUGGCCUGUAUUUCCUUGUUGUGAAGUAUAUUGCAAAAACUGACUGAUAAUGUAAAAACCUGACAUAUGUGCCUGGCUCAAAAUUUAAAUUAUGUCUGUAAAUGUAAUAUGUAAUCCUAUUAUCUGUGUUAAAUUUAAUGAUUGAAGUUUAUUAAAAAAAACAACAACUUUAAAAUAUGUUACACUCCAAACGCGUAAUGUGUUCACUUGAGAAAAAGAAAAACAAUCUGCUCUGUUUUUCUGAAUUAACAAGAAAAUGAUAAAUGAGACUGUGUGAGAUUAUUAUCUUGUUAAUUCAAAGAAACAGGAGCAACAUAAUUCCUUUAUGAAAACUUUUUUUUACAAGUCUUAGAAAAUAAUUAAUUCAGAAAAAUAGAUUAUUUUUUCUGAAGUGAAUACACUUGCAUAUUACAGCUCUUAGUCAUGGAUAAUGAGAAUAUAUUCCCACGUCAUCCCAAUUUUUUUGUACAUUAACAGGUUUAUUACAUUUUAAACCACUUAAGGCAGAAAUGUUUACUUUGUCAAGUUAUGUUACUUGAUAGAUAUUACUUUUUCGGCGGCUACAUCAACAUAAAGUUGACAGACUGUAAGUGACAUUAUAAUGACAACUAUUCACUCCAAGUGUAUUAGAAAAUAUGAUGAUAAAGUGCCUUUUAGUCGCACAUUUUUUUCUAGAAUGGCGAAGCCAUGACCUGCCUGACUCUUAAUUCGACUGGAUAGAACUCACUUAAGCAAAAAGAGAGGGAUAGUUUAGGGUUAGGAUAAAAAUGUCUGGGUAAGCCAAUCAGAGAUGGAGCAAGGUAGAGCACAGGGUGGGUCUUGUCGUCACCAUCAUAGGCAAAAAAUCUCGCUUUUAGUACAUCACAAUAGUUAAACACUCCAAUGUAGCAUUUACUGCACCUACAAUAAUGAUGUCAAGUUUAGUGGUAAUUCUGUUCAGUUUUGAUGAAUUCAAUUUGAUAAAUAGAUGCCUUUAAAAAUUGUAAUUUAUAGCUGAAAUGUUGAUUGUCCAAUAAUUAGCAUUAGCACAACAGCCAAGUUACAAACAUACUUGUGCAAAAGUAGAGGAGGGUAGGCUAGUUACGAUGUAAUGGCACUUAAUUUCUUAAGUAUGUUGCAAAAUUGGAUUAUAUUUUUAAUAAGCCCUAUCUACUCAAAACUGCGAAGAUUGUGUUUCACAUCUCAUUCUGGUCUGUAAUAUGUCUAUUUAAAUUUGUGACACUUGAUAUGUGAAAUUCUUACAGCGUGCAGCUGAAAUGUAAAAGUACAUGCUGAAGACAGGAGAAUGUUUGAAAAGCUGUAACUACCCUUGGAUG